AGCCUCACUAGAAACCUAUCCAUCGGAAAUACCAUUAGCCUCAUUAGACAAGCCCUUCUCAAGACGGACAAGACGAAAGAUGUCGAAGUAGUAGGAGUAAACACAACUCGCACCGGAUAUAUGGUGCGCUGCAAGGAUGAACGAUCAGCAGCGACGGCAAAAACACACACAGGAUGGCUGUAGGAACUCGGCAACAAUACCAAGCUGGUCAACCCACGAUACCCAGUAGUUGUACAUCGGUUCCCUACCGAC